GCCUGGCUGUGGAGCGGACGGACGCGCCUGGUACCCCGGGCGGGGGCUCCACUGGGGUAGGAGGAGGUGGAGGGGAAGAGACGCCCUCCCUGCCCUCGACCUUUCAAAGCUCUGACCCAGGGGCUAAGGGACUGACACAAGAGGGAAGCUAAGGUCCUCCUCCUCAGCUGCGUGACUCUGGAGGGCCCCAGCCCACCGCACCUGGGGCCCCAGCAGCGCCCCCGUUGCCUAGAGCAACAGUCUCAGUGACCACUGCAAGGCCUCCAUUUGCCUAGACAAGGAGCCCAGGGUCAAAACCACGACCCUUCCAGCCACCUGCCUCGACUGCUGUCUCGGGCAUUAGUCCCAGCCAGGUGACAUGCCGGUGCUCUCCACCGCCCGGCCUUCGAGGACGACCACGCUGAAGCGCACAGCCGUGGUCCUGGCCCUCGCCGCCUAUGGAGCCCACAAACUCUACCCCCUGGUGCGGCAGUGCCUGGCUCCGGCCAGGGGACCCCCAGGUUCGCCCCGGGAACCCCCCCAAGAGGCCUCCGGGCCGACGGCCACUGCAGCUAAGGCCAGCGUGAAUCGAGUGUUCCUGCAGCGACUCCUGUGGCUCCUGCGGCUGCUCUUCCCCCGGGUCCUGUGCCGGGAGACCGGGCUGCUGGCGCUGCACUCGGCUGCCCUGGGGAGCCGGACUUUCCUGUCGGUCUAUGUGGCCCGCCUGGACGGCCGAUUGGCCCGCUGCAUCGUCCGCAAGGACCCGAGGGCCUUCGGCUGGCAGCUCCUGCAGUGGCUCCUCAUUGCCCUGCCGGCCACUUUCAUCAACAGUGCCAUUCGCUACCUGGAGGGCCAGCUGGCCCUGUCCUUCCGCAGCCGUCUGGUGGCCCACGCCUACAGCCUCUACUUCUCCCAGCAGACCUACUACCGAGUCAGCAACAUGGACGGGCGCCUUCGCAACCCUGACCAGUCCCUGACGGAGGAUGUGGUGGUCUUUGCAGCCUCUGUGGCCCACCUCUACUCCAACCUGACCAAGCCGUUGCUGGACGUGGCCGUGACCUCCUACACCCUGCUUCGGGCAGCCCGCUCCCGCGGAGCUGGCACAGCCUGGCCCUCGGCCAUCGCCGGCCUCGUGGUGUUCCUGACAGCUAAUGUGCUGCGGGCCUUCUCGCCCAAGUUCGGGGAGCUGGUGGCAGAGGAGGCCCGGCGCAAGGGGGACCUGCGCUACAUGCACUCUCGUGUGGUGGCCAACUCGGAGGAGAUCGCCUUCUACGGGGGCCACGAGGUGGAGCUGGCGCUGCUGCGCCUGUCAUACCAGGACCUGGCCUCCCAGAUCAACCUCAUCCUGCUAGAGCGUCUGUGGUACGUCAUGCUGGAGCAGUUCCUCAUGAAGUACGUCUGGAGCGCCUCAGGCCUGCUUAUGGUGGCUGUCCCCAUAAUCACGGCCACUGGCUACUCAGAGUCAGACCCAGAGGCAGUCAAGAAGGCCGCCUUGGAGAAGAGAGAGGAGGAGCUGGUGAGUGAGCGCACUGAAGCCUUCACCAUUGCCCGGAACCUCCUCACAGCCGCUGCAGACGCUAUUGAGCGCAUCAUGUCAUCAUACAAGGAGGUGACAGAGCUGGCUGGCUACACGGCCCGGGUCCAUGAGAUGUUCCAGGUCUUCGAUGAUGUGCAGCACUAUCGUUUUAAGAGACCUGGGGAGCUAGAGAGUACCCCAGUGGGGACUGGGGCUGUGGUGAGGCCUGGUGUUCGUGUGGAGGGAUCCCUGAAGAUCCGAGGCCAAGUGGUGGAUGUGGAGCAAGGCAUUGUCUGUGAAAAUAUCCCUAUCAUCACGCCCACAGGAGAGGUGGUGGUGACCAGCCUGAACAUCAGGGUGGAGGAGGGCAUGCACCUGCUCAUCACCGGCCCCAAUGGCUGUGGCAAAAGUUCCCUGUUCCGAAUUCUGGGUGGGCUGUGGCCAGCAUACGGUGGGGUGCUCUAUAAGCCCCCACCCCAGCGCAUGUUCUACAUUCCACAGAGGCCCUACAUGUCGGUGGGCUCGCUGCGAGAGCAGGUGAUCUACCCGGAUUCGGUGGAGGACAUGCGGAGGAAGGGCUACUCGGAAGAGCACCUGGAAGCCAUCCUGGACAUCGUGCAUCUGCACCACAUCCUGCAGCGGGAAGGAGGGUGGGAGGCCAUAUGUGACUGGAAGGACGUGCUAUCAGGGGGCGAGAAGCAGCGGAUUGGCAUGGCCCGCAUGUUCUACCACAGGCCCAAGUACGCCCUACUGGAUGAGUGCACCAGUGCCGUGAGCAUCGAUGUAGAGGGCAAGAUCUUCCAGGCUGCCAAGGACGCGGGCAUCGCUCUGCUCUCCAUCACCCACCGCCCCUCCCUGUGGAAGUACCACACUCACCUGCUGCAGUUCGAUGGUGAGGGCGGUUGGAAGUUCGAGAAGCUGGACUCGGCGGCCCGCCUGAGCCUAACUGAGGAGAAACAGCGGCUGGAGCAGCAGCUGGCGGGCAUCCCCAAGAUGCAACUGCGCCUACGAGAGCUCUGCGAGAUCCUGGGGGAAGCGACACACUCUGGGCUCCUCCCCCAGGGUGCCACCACCUGA